AUGUCUCUCGGAGAGUCGGAGUACUGCCUACUGUACGUUAAAAUUGCUGAUUAUUCGUUUGUAUGUUACGAGGUGAAGAACAGUCAGGCUUGGGGAUUGGACACCGGCGCGGUAUGGGCAGAGGCGGAGCGGCGCGACAAGGAGGCUGCGGACAAGAGGGCGGAGGAGGAGAAGGCGAGGUGGCGCGCAAAGGCGGCGGAGGCAACGGCGGCAAGGAAGGAGGGCAAGGCGAAGAACAAGGAGGCCAAGAAAGCCAAGUCCGCCUUCAAGCUCGAGGAGGAGCGGAGGGCGCGGGCUGCGGCAGAGCUUCGCACACAGGAGGAGAGGGCGGCGCAGCUGGCUGCGGAGCAGGAGUCGACGAGGCGGGCGGAGCGGGAGGCGGCAGAGCUAGCGGGUGCGGCGGAGCAGGCGGCGCUGCGCGAGGAUGCGGAGCUGGCAGAGGCGCUGCGCCGGUCAGAGGUGGAUGCGGAGGAGGCUCUGGCGCGUCGGGUGUCGCGGUGCGAGGAGGCGGUGAGCAGCGAGUCGACCGGCGGCGGCGGGGACUUGCCGCGGCGUGUCGAGCGGCUGGAGGCGAGCCUCGGCACGGCGACCGAGGGUAGCCUCGAGGAGCGGGUCGGCGCCAUCGAGCGCUUGAUCGAGCCAGAGGCGGGAGAGGCGGCGGAGCAUCAUCUGCCAGUCGCCGAGCCGUCUGCUGCCGUCUCACUAGCGGACGCCGGCCUCGACACGGGGCGGCCAGCUGCCCCCGAGUCCACGAUGGGGGGCGAGACCACUUGUAUCGUGUGUUUCGCGAGAGGCAAGUCGCAUGCUGCGGUUCCGUGCGGGCACUUGUGUGCGUGCGGGCCAUGCUCUGAGCUGAUGCAAGAGUGUCCUUACUGCCGCGAGCUAGUGAUGAUGUGGAUGGCGCCGCUCGUCGACUCGUACCACGCCGGCAUGCUCGACGGGCUCGAGGAGGAGAGCCAGCCGCGGGCGGAGGAAAGCUUCCACUAG